CAACAAAUCAUGUCCACACAAUAUCCAAACAAAGUAACAUAACCAAUCUCCAUUAACCAUUUGGAGAGCUGAGGCCUGAGGGAGAGAGAGAGCAUGGCAGCAAAACCAGUUCUCAACACCUACUUCUCACCCUCUCCUCCUCUCUCUCGUCUCUGUCCUCCACAUACUACUCUCCCAACCUUCCCCCAUGCCAAGAACAAGCCACCAAUCCUCAACGCCGGCGCCGCCUCCAAGCUCCGCUGCAAUGCUGUGGGAUCAGAGCAGGCCUCUACGGGGACUAAGAAGCAGAGGAGUAGAUAUGAAAUGGUGAAUUUGACUACUUGGCUAUUGCAGCAAGAACAGGAAGGCAAUGUUGAUGCAGAGCUAGCCAUCGUCCUCUCCAGCAUAUCUCUGGCCUGCAAGCAAAUCGCGUCGCUGCUGCAACGUUCCAACAUCAUUAACCUCACCGGAGCUCAGGGCACCGUUAAUGUCCAAGGUGAAGAUCAGAAGAAAUUGGAUGUUAUUUCCAAUACGUUGUUCUGCAAUUGCCUGAGAUCGAGUGGGAGGACCGGCAUUAUAGCGUCGGAGGAAGAAGACGUGCCGGUUGCAGUUGAAGAAACUAACUCCGGAAACUACAUUGUGGUUUUCGACCCCAUUGACGGAUCUGCUAAUAUCGAUACUUCCUUGACCACAGGAUCCAUAUUCGGGAUCUACAGUCCAGAUGAGCAAUGCCUUUUCGACAUUGAUGACGAAGAUUCCAUGCUAGACGCAGAAAAGCAGAAGUGUAUAGUGAAUGUCUGCCAGCCGGGGAAAAACUUGGUGGCUGCAGGGUACUGCCUCUAUUCCAGUGCAGCUGUAUUCACACUAUCUCUAGGGAAAGGGGUUUAUGCAUUCACCUUAGACCCUGCCUAUGGCGAAUUCGUUUUGACACAUGAAAACAUCAAGAUACCUAAGACUGGGAAAAUCUAUUCCUUCAAUGAGGGGAAUUAUGAGUUGUGGGAUGAGAAGCUAAAGAACUACCUUGGAUACUUGAGGACACCGGGCGACAAUGGCAAGCCAUAUUCUGGGCGUUACAUAGGAUGUCUGGUGGGUGAAAUCCACAGAAUGUUGUUGUAUGGUGGCAUAUAUGGGAAUCCUAAGAACAUCAACAGCAAGGAUGGGAAUCUGCGACUCUUGUAUGAGUGUGCACCGAUGAGCUAUAUUGUGGAGCAAGCCGGUGGAAAAGCUAUAGAUGGUCACCAAAGGAUACUUGACAUCAAACCUGAUAAGAUUCAUCAGCGUACUCCAAUAUUUGUUGGAAGUCCAGAAGAGAUUGAGAGGCUAGAGAAGUACCUGGCUUAAGUGUUUCUGUUUAUGUUUGAUAAAUGAUUUUGAAUUUAUGCAGUAAACAGUUGGCAAGGUAUGGUGCACCUGCCUUUCAAUACUUCAAAAUGUGCUAAACAUAGUAACAUAGAACAUAGAUGAGCAUUACAUUCAACAUUAAUCAGUAAUUGUGCAUAAAUCUUGUCAGCAGCCUAA